AUGCCUGCUCACAAUGACCAAAUGCCGAUGAUCGUCCAGGGCGCGGCCUUGGUCAGCUUCGUUUGGACCUGCAUCAUCGUUUCCGUUCAAGGAAUUGGUAUCUGCAAAAUCCUCCGAAACAACUCAGCUCCUCACCCAAAACCUUUCUCCCCAACCCUCGAGAAAGAUGAAGUACCGCACAUCACCGUCAUUCGACCGGUAAAGGGCGCCGAGGCUGGCCUCUACGAAUGUCUCGCGUCAACCUUCCAGCUUGCCUACCCCAAGUCGAAGCUCACUAUCUACCUAUGCGUUGAUUCGACGAGAGAUCCCGCCUACCCGGUUCUACAGAAAGUCGUCGCUGCCUAUCCUGACUUUGACGCCAAGGUGUUCGUUGAGGAGCAAGAUCCUGUUUUGCAUGGCGAUGGCGGGCACAUUGACAAGCUUGGGCCAAAUCCCAAAAUCCGCAACAUCAGCCGCGCAUACCGAGAGGCUAAGGGCGAUAUUAUUUGGAUAGCAGACUGUAAUGUUUGGCUUGGGGCCAACUCGGCAGGAAGAAUGGUGGACAAGCUGGACGGUUUCUUGCCCGAUGGAACUCGCACCAAGCCCUACAAGUUUGUCCACCAACUACCUCUCGUUAUUGAUCUCGAGACGCCAAAGACAGCGACAGAAGAGGAACAGGCACUUCUGUCGGGGCCUAUCAACACCAGCGCGCCAAAGAGCCUCCUUGACUAUGGCGGCAGGCUCGAAGAGAUGUUCAUGGCAACCACCCACGCAAAAUUCUACAGCGCCAUCAAUACAGUUGGUAUCGCCCCCUGUGUCGUUGGCAAGAGCAACAUGUUUCGCAAGUCUCACUUGGAACGCCUGACCGACCCCGCUCGAAACCCCCUCAUUCCCCCCGCCGAUGCUGCUCGUGGGCGGGGUGUCGACUAUUUCUCGUCCUACAUCUGCGAGGACCACCUGAUUGGCGAUCUGAUUUUCAAGUCGAAGAUCCCAGGCUUCAAGAACCACGGGCUCGUCCACGGCGAGGUAGCUAUUCAGCCCAUGUCGGGCAUGACUGUUGCCGCUUACAUUGCUCGCCGUGUACGAUGGCUUCGAGUACGGAAGUGGACCGUGUUAACGGCCACGCUUGUGGAGCCAGGUGUGGAAUCUCUGAUCGGGUGCCUCCACAUGGCCUUUGCCUUCACGACAUUGCCUUGGUUCCGCUCUUUUUUUGGAAUACCUCCUACUUGGAAAGCGUUUGGUACCAUUUGGAUCUCGGCCGUCACUGUCUGGAUGGUCGUGGAUAGAUUGCUGAGUGCCAAGCUGCAUAAGCUGCAGAGUGUUGAUGUGGAUGAAAACACGCCGGCUUUUGCCCUGGGCUCGACGCGAACAGGAGGAAUCAAGAAGAAGCCGUUUUUGACUUGGUUUGCCGCUUGGCUGGGGAGAGAGUUUCUGGCAUUUCCCAUCUGGACCUGGGCUGUCCUUCUUGGAGCCACGGUGAAUUGGAGGGGUCAGACUUUCAGGGUACGUCCGGAUAUGAGCGUCACCCGGCUGGAUGAUGUGGAGGGGACAAGUUUGCGGCCGUCGACGCCGGUCGCGGCUGAGGGCGCAAACAGCUGCCGAUCGACAAGUAAGGAUCGUGUUGAUUAG